GGUUUACCCAAGGGCUCGGUGGACCCAAGACCGGAGCCAGCAGCCGAACCCGCUGCGCCGGCACCCGAAUUUGAUUCAGCGGGUACAUCCCGUAUUAUUGCUGCUGCCAACAAAAGGAGGAGAAACCCCUCGGACAAAGGGCAGAAACCGAAAAAGAGGGCAAGAAGCGUCGUUCGGACUCUAAGAGACGAAACAGAGACCGAUUUCCUUGUUCGGAGGGUCGGUGUGACUCCCUCCGUUGACUCUAUACCGGAGGAGGAUACAACCAUUCCGCCGUUUCCUUCAGCCGGGAAAGAACCGUCAGCUCCAGCAUUGCACACAGGUGGGGAAGAAGUUCUUUACCCGACUCCUCUAAGGUCAAUUGAAUAUGUUGACAUUUCAGGUGACGCUUCAUCCGAGGAGACCCCCCUGCAAAGGACCAGAAGAUCCGGGCAUGCACCAACUGCCGAGGCCGAACAGAGGGCUGAGCCGGUCCCCGAGACCGAGGUUCCAUUGGAUACCGGUUCAACACCUGCCGGGGACCCAACUACAACACCCGAGGCACCCGCUCCUACCGAGGCUGCCGGAGCUGUUCCGGCUUCUCCUACUCCUGCUCCGAGGUCGGACAACCUCGAUGAUAUGUUCUUGGAUACCCCUCCUGCAACCGGGGAAGCUACCGAUUUCGGACAUCUCCCUAUCCCUCGAGUCACGAGGGCAGCCGGCCGGGCCACCGAGACUGGUUCGAGAGAUAGCCUGGUGCGUAUCUUCCCGGCCCCGAGUGUGGAACCUAGAAGGACCAGAUCGGUCAUGGUCACCGUCCCUGAGGAUUGCAGCUUUUUGUCUCGUCCGGUGGGAGUAGCAAGCUAUCUGAGGCCCCUCGUCUCGGACUCGGAUAAGCGGAAGAUGACCGGAGUCCCCUGGCAGAGUCUCAUUAACGAGGGCAUGCACGCGGGCAAUCGAAGUGUGGUGCUCGUCAAUGAAGCCUUCAUCCGUGCUCAGCAAGAAGAAGUUGACGACCUUAAGGGCCAGCUGGAUGCCCAGGGUCGAGAAACGGAGAAGUUCCAGCACCUUUUGCAAGUGAAGGAGGAUGAAUUGAACCGAGCUGUUGCCCUUUCCAACCUUCAACCCGAGCUCGAAGCAGCGAAGGCCGAAAACCUUCGGUUAAAGGAUGAAUUGGCCGGGAUGGUCGAGAAGAACCGGCUUCUGGAAGCGGACAAGGUCGGCCUUAGCCAAGAUAAUGCUCGUUUUUCUUCGAGGCUUGGUGAACUCGAAACCAUUAUCUCUCAACUCCGGGGGGAGCUUGACUUGGUCAAGACUGAUGCCGUGAACAUGGCCGAGAGGCAUCGGCUGCUUGAAUCCGAGAGUGCUAAGUAUAAGGAGAGGAUGAGGGUAUUCGAGCAAAAAGCCGAGGAUAGGGCCCGGAUAUGCGACGAGCUGAAAAUCGAACUCGAGGAGACAGCCGAGGCUAAUGACCUUCUCAGAGCCGAGCUCGAAUCGGCCAUUCAAAUCCAAGGAGUCCUCGAUGAAGAGAGAGAUGAAUUAGUGGCCAAGCUGGCCCAGGCUGAGGCCGAUUUGGCAGAAGCCCUUAGGAGUGUGGAGGCUGCCGAAGCUCAUACCACGAUUGCGGUGGAGUAUGAACGGUGGAAGUCCCGGAGGGCCACCCUUGAGCAAGCCGAACAUGGUUUUACGGAUCUCCCGGCCCUGAUACUCGAAGCCAGAAAGACCGAGGAGGAAGCCAAGAGAGCUCUUGAUACCGAUUCCGAGGAUUCCGAGCAGAUAGUAUCCGAGCAUUCUGGUUCCAGCUGCACCGGAUAG